AUGGUUGACUCACUUAGGGCUGAUGGAGACCAAAAAGGUGUCUUACCAACGGGUGAAUCCGCAUUAUUCGACGAGCAGAACAUCGUGUACGAGGCGGUUGAUGAAGAACCAAAACUCCAUGUUAGGACUUACGUUGCUCUAUUCGCAAUGUUCCUCCUGAAUUUAGUCCAGGUCGUGGCGCUUCAGGGACCUCCUGCUGUUCUACCAUACAUCGGUAGUAGUCUCAACAAUACCCCGGCCCAGACUUGGGUGCCAAAUUCUCUCUCCCUUGUUCAAGCAGUACUUGGACCGAUAAUAUCCUCUACAUCCGACACCUUUCAAGCUCGAAAGUCUAUCUUGAUCGGGUCUUGCAUGAUUUCCUUUGUUGGUGCAGCCAUCGCCCCGGGCGCAAGGAGUAUUUAUCGGCUGAUAGUUGCUCAAACGCUCAUUGGAGUUGGGUUCGCUUCCGUUCCUCUUGCAUACUGUGUACCGAGCGAAAUAUGUCCUCGCAGAUGGAGGCCCAUGGUACAAGCGUCCAUGAACAUUGCGGCUACACUCGGUGCCAUUAUAGGUCCAAUGGUGAUCGGCGAUUUUACCGAAAAGGAUCGUCAGGGCGGUUGGCGCAAGUUUUACUGGUUCCAGAUGGGUCUCUGGGGUGCUAUAGCCUUGGGCUUAUUAAUUGGCUAUAAGCCUGCAAAACGACAUACCCGCCUCGAUCAUCUUUCACGCUGGCAAAAGAUUACUGCUCUUGAUCUCCCGGGAAGUGCACUUUUGACUACCGGCUUAACCUCAUUCCUCACUGGUCUUAACCUAGGUGGUAGCCUCUACCCCUGGACUAAUGCUCGUGUUCUUACUACUUUAAUCCUGGGGGCACUGAUACUAGUUGCUUUUGGAGUCUACGAGUCCUUUGGUACCUCAUCGGGAAUUCUACAUCAUGAUCUUUUUGCAGGUGGAAAGACUCAGGGUCGAACAUUUUCCAUUUGUGUCUCUCUUAUAUUUAUUGAGGGAGUUCUCCUUUUCUCCUACGUCAUAUUCUACCCGACCCUAACUACUUCUCUUUUUGAGACAGACCCUCUACGAUUAGUAGGACGUCAGCAACCUUUUUGGGUUUGUGGUGCUGUGAGUACUGUGUUUUGGGGCUAUUGGAGCACUCGAUUUCGGACCAUUCGCGAUCCGCUGCUUUGUGGUUUCAUCAUCUUCACAGCAGGCAUUGUCGGGUUCGCAACGGUUCAGCCAAACCAGUCGGUCAAUGCUUUAGCAUUUUCAGGCCUCUCAGGAUUUGGCUUCGGCGCCCCACUGAUUCUCAUUAUCACUGGAGUUCAGCUGUCGACACCACAUCAUUUGAUUGCGACAGCGACAGCAGUAACAACCUCCGCAAGAGCAGUCGCCGCAACAAUCUUCACUGCUAUUUACGUGGCCGCAUUUACUGCUCGUUUAGAUAUCAAUCUUACGGCAGAAAUUACCGCUAACGCACUGGCCGCGGGGCUUCCGCCUUCAUCUUUGCCUACCUUCAUUGAAGCUCUGGUGAAUAAUGACAGCGCUGCACUGCCAAAUAUAACAGGAGUGACAUCUUCAAUUAUAGCAGCGGGUGUCACAGGCCUGAAACAAGCAUUCGCUGAUUCCAUCAGGGUAGUAUAUGUCAUUGCGGCGCCAUUCGGUCUUGUGGCAUCUGUCGCAUGUCUGUUCAUAGGCGAUUUGGGGAAGACAAUGAACUAUCGUGUCGAUGCGCCUCUCGAGGAGCUUCGUCCGAAGCAGUCCUCAGUGAAUGCUCCCUCAACACCUCAUACGAAUGGCCCGAAUGCACCUACCUAG